GGAAAUGUAUUUGUGAACCUCCAUUUGUCCUUAUUCCAUUACCAACUGUGGCAAAAGACCCUCAUGCAAGAGCUGUCUGGGUGAAAAAUGUAAAUCGUUCCUCAGGGAAUCGUAACUGGGAGCCAGAUUCCUACUACUCGAAGGUGUGCUCAUACCAUUUUGUAGAUGGGAAACCAACUACACUUAACCCCUACCCUACUCUACACAUGGGCCACUCUAAUCCAAUUCAGCAAGGAAGAGCUCCCCCAAAAGAAAGAAAUGAUUUCUCUCAGGCAAUCAAAAAGAGAAAAUUUCAAGAUGAAGUGAGAGAGAAUGAUGAUCAAUUGGAGAGAGAUUGUUUGAAACAAAGUGUUUCUUUUGAUCAUGACUAUGUUGAAGUUUGUAACCCUUGCAUGUACAAAAGUACUGAAAUUUUAAAACUUAAAUCAAAAAUUAAAGUUCUUGAAUAUGAACUCGCCAAAUCAAGGGAGGAGAAUCACAAGCUAAAGAGAAAUACAUUCAAUGUAAAACCUACCAACAUAUUAAAAUCUGACAAAAAAAUGAGGUUUUAUACAGGUUUUCCAUCAAUGAACUCAUUCAAUGCUCUGCAUAAUGCUCUUGAACCUAAGCUAAAAAGUGUGAGGUACUGGAAAGGACCAUCCUUCCACUGCAAUACACUGAAGCAUAAGGUUUUCAAGAAAUCUAGAGCCACAAGAAAACUGUCUACUAAAGACGAGUUAGUUUUAACUUUAAUGAAAAUCCGACUUGGGUUAUUGGAUGAAGAUUUAGCAGACAGAUUUUCUAUUUCUGUGUCGUAUGUGUCAAGAAUCUUUACCACUUGGGUGAAGAUUCUUAGCAAGUACCUCAGUAAACUAAUUUUCAACCCUCCGAAAGAAGUGGUUCAUGCAAAUCUGCCCCCCAAAUUCAAAACACAGAAAUACUCAUCAGUUCGACACAUUAUUGAUUGUUCGGAGGUCUUCAUUGAGAAACCUCAUAGUAUGAUGGUUUCAAACCAGUGCUGGAGUGAUUACAAACACCACUACACUGCAAAAUUCCUUGUAAGUAUCACUCCAGCUGGAAUGAUCAAUUUUGUGUCGAACUGUUGGGGAGGUAGAGCCAGUGACAAAUGUAUAACAAUUAACUCUGGCUUCCUUGACUUGAUAGAGCCUCACGAUAGUGUCAUGGCAGACAAAAGGUUCAGUAGUCUCAUGAAAGAGCUGACUCUUUCUCAAGCAAAUUUGCUUGUUCCACCAAGAAGGCAUGGUAUUGCACAGAUGACUGCAUAUGAUGUUCAAAAAACAAAAGAAAUAGCAAAUAGGAGAAUAUAUGUAGAACAAGCCAUAAGACGUAUUAAAUUCUUUCGCUUACUGAAAUUUGAAGUUCCUGUUACAAUUUGUCAACAUUUAGACGAUAUACUCAAAAUUGUUUGUGGAAUAUGCAAUCUUUAUCCACCCCUCCCUAGGUAUGAUUGA